AUGUCUCCGGUCUCUGCCAGCCGACGGACCUGGCUGGGCCCUCGCCGCGGCCUGGCUCUGGUGCCCGUCCUCCUCCUCCUCGUGCUGUGCCACGUCUUGGCGUCGGGCGGCGCCCGCCCCAAGGGCCCCGGCCACACGUACCUCAACUCCAUCCGCAUCGACGGCGACAUCUCGCUGGGCGGCCUGUUCCCGGUGCACGCGCGAGGCCACGACGGCAAGGCCUGCGGCGAGCUGAAGAAGGAGAAGGGCAUCCACCGGCUGGAGGCCAUGCUCUUCGCGCUCGACCGCAUCAACAACGACCACUCGCUGCUGCCCAACAUCACGCUGGGCGCGCGCAUCCUGGACACGUGCUCGCGCGACACGCACGCCCUCGAGCAGUCGCUCACCUUCGUGCAGGCGCUCAUCGAGAAGGACGGCUCCGACGUCAAGUGCCUGGGCGGCGGCGCGCCCAUCAUCUCCAAGCCCGAGCGCGUGGUGGGCGUCAUCGGGGCCUCGGCCAGCUCCGUGUCCAUCAUGGUGGCCAACAUCCUCCGCCUGUUCAAGAUCCCGCAGGUGAGCUACGCCUCCACCGCGCCCGAGCUCAGCGACAACACCCGCUACGACUUCUUCUCCAGAGUCGUGCCCCCGGACACCUACCAGGCCCAGGCCAUGGUGGACAUCGUGAGGGCCAUGAACUGGAACUACGUGUCCACGGUGGCCUCGGAGGGAAGCUACGGAGAGAGCGGAGUGGACGCCUUCAUCCAGAAGUCCAGAGAGGACGGGAGUGUGUGCAUCUCGCAGUCUGUGAAGAUUCCAAGAGAGCCAAAGCAGGGAGAGUUUGUCAAGAUCAUCCAGCGACUCUCGGACAACCCUAACGCAAGAGUCAUCAUUCUCUUUGCCAAUGAGGAUGACAUCAGACGGCUUCUGCAAGCCGCGGAGAGAGAGAACAAGAUUGGACACUUCUUGUGGGUGGGAUCAGACAGCUGGGGAUCGAAGAUCUCCCCCGUGGAACAUCAGGAGAGAGUUGCAGAGGGUGCCAUUACCAUCCUUCCCAAACGCCAGGCCAUACGAGGAUUUGAUCGCUACUUCAUCAGCCGAACGCUGGAGAACAACAGGAGAAAUAUCUGGUUUGCCGAGUUCUGGGAAAACAAUUUCAAUUGUAAACUCAGCCGACACCCCUUGAAGAAAGGCUCGGGAAUAAAAAAGUGCACAAAUGAGGAACGGAUCGGGAAGGACUCCUUGUAUGAGCAGGAGGGGAAGGUCCAGUUUGUGAUUGAUGCCGUGUAUGCCAUGGCACACGCUCUUCACAACAUGCAUCUGGAUCUGUGCCCAGGGAAAGUGGGACUGUGCUCCAAGAUGGACCCCAUCAAUGGCACUCUACUCCUGAAAUAUAUACGCAACAUCAACGUCUCUGGUAUUGCUGGUAAUCCUGUGCUCUUUAAUGAAAAUGGAGAUGCCCCGGGCCGGUAUGAGAUCUUCCAGUACCAGUGGUGGAACGGAUCAUCUGAGUACAAAAAGAUUGGCAACUGGACUGACCAGCUUAAUCUCAAUAUGGAGGAGAUGCAGUGGCCUGGCGGUAGUCAGCAGGUGCCCACCUCCAUCUGCAGUCAGCCCUGCAAGCCGGGCGAGCGGAAGAAGGUGGUCAAGGGCAUGCCCUGCUGCUGGCACUGCGAGCUGUGCGACGGCUACCAGUACCAGUACGACCGGUCCACCUGCAAGAUGUGCCGCUUCGACCUGCGGCCCAACGCCAACCACACGGGCUGCCAGCCCAUCCCCAUCGUCAAGCUGGAGUGGAGCUCGCCGUGGGCGGUCAUCCCCGUGCUGCUGGCCAUCGUGGGCAUCAUGGCCACGCUGUUCGUGGUGGUCACCUUCGUGCGCUACAACGACACGCCCAUCGUCAAGGCGUCCGGGCGCGAGCUCAGCUACGUGCUGCUGACGGGCAUCUUCCUGUGCUACGCCACCACCUUCCUGAUGAUCGCCGCGCCCGACGCGGGCAUCUGCGCGCUCCGCCGCAUCUUCCUGGGCCUGGGCAUGAGCAUCAGCUACGCGGCCAUGCUCACCAAGACCAACCGCAUCUACCGCAUCUUCGAGCAGGGCAAGGUGUCGGUCAGCGCGCCGCGCUUCAUCAGCCCGGCCUCGCAGCUGGUCAUCACCUUCAGCCUGACCUCCGUGCAGCUGCUGGGCGUCUGCCUCUGGUUCUCCGUGGACCCGUCGGAGGCGCUCAUCGACUACGAGGACCAGCGCACCGUCAACCCGCUGCUGGCGCGCGGCGUGCUCAAGUGCGACAUCUCGGACCUGUCGCUCAUCCUGCUGCUGGGCUACAGCAUGCUGCUGAUGGUCACCUGCACCGUCUACGCCAUCAAGACCCGCGGCGUGCCCGAGACCUUCAACGAGGCCAAGCCCAUCGGCUUCACCAUGUACACCACCUGCAUCAUCUGGCUGGCCUUCAUCCCCAUCUUCUUCGGCACCUCCCAGUCCACAGAAAAGAUGUACAUCCAGACGACCACGCUGACCAUCUCGGUGAGCCUGAGUGCCUCCGUGUCCCUGGGGCUCCUGUACAUGCCCAAGGUGUACGUGGUGCUCGUCCACCCGGAGCAGAACGUGCCCAAGCGCACGCGCAGCCUCAAGGCGGUGGUGACCGCCGCCACCAUGUCCAACAAGUUCAACCCCAAAGCCAGCCUGCGGCCCAACGGCGAGGCCCGCACCGAGCUCUGCCACAACCUGGAGACACAAGCCUUUGGUUCCAAACAGACAUACAUAAGCUACAGUAACCAUGCACUCUAGAGGAGCAUCCCCACCGCGUACCACAGAUUGACUUGACAGAGAGCAGCCCUUCAUUCUUAGGCUGUCCACACGGUAAAGACGGAAAUAAAAAAGGCAUAUGGACUUCUCUGCGGGAGGCGGCUCUCUAAAUGAUCUCACAAUGAGGUGUGCGGGAGCUCCAAAAGUAUGGUCCAGAAGAACUUGGACUGGUCCAAGACUUGGAAUGUAUGCUUCUGUAUGGCACAUCAGUGUGUGUGUGUGUGUGUGUGUGUGUGUGUGUGUGUGUGUGUGUGUGUGUGUGUGUGUGUGUGUGCGUGUUUGUGUGUGUGUGCGUGUUUGUGUGUGUACAUUUAUGUGAGCAUGUGUGAGCACAGCGUUUUCACGUCCAGACACAAAGCGAGGAUCUCGUCAGAUGGACUGAUUGAUUCUUCUGUGAAAACUACUUUUCCCACUAGUGUUUUUGCUUUUUGUUCAAAACUCUUUUCAGGUUUGUGCAAUCUUGUGGUCUGCUGGUUGACCACACUCCGCAUCAAGCAUUGCCUUUUGAUGCUUUAAGAUAUUGUUGUGUGUAAGCUGGGAAACGCAAAUGCAGACUGGUGGGUUCAGGGUUUAUGUGUGCAUUUACCCCAAAGAGAAAGGGCAACACUGCGGAGAUGAAUCACAGUCACACGAUGUUGACUGAGCGGAGUUUGAUUCAAAACUCCUGACUCCUUCCCUUAUGUUUGGAAAUAAUGUGAACGAUCACGAUCGCAGCAAAACACAUUUUGUCAAUGUUUACAGAUGUUGAGCAUGUUGGGUUGAACAUCCCUGUGUUGUGUUGUAAAAAAAAAAAAAAAAUCAGUGGAAUGCAUUCAAACUGUUGCUGUGUCGUUGCAGUACCACCAUUUGGUCCCUGGUCAAUUGUUGAUAAAAAUGAACCUGGUUAAGUGACGGGUCUGAGUUUAUGUAUGCUUGAGUGACCCACUGUCAUAAGAAAAAAAAAAAGACAAAAAAAAACAUGAGUUGGCCUUUGGUUUUGCAGUGAUGGCUGCAAGACAUUCACUUCCACUUGUAACGGAUUCGCAACAAUUAGCACAAUUAAUUAGAGCAUCAAGAUGUAGUAGAGAAAUGGUUUGCAGCAGCCCCUUACAAAGAUGUGUGGGUUCAUGUCCUCAGCAAUACCUCCUGAGCGGAUGGUUGUCUAUGGUGACCUAUAGUCUAAGAGUGUACUGUGGGCUGUAGCACAGCCAUGAGUCCCUCGACAAACAAACAAAACAAACUUAACAUAGUGGCUUGUAACUAUUUUAACAUAAUUUUACUUUUUAAGACACGUUCCUAAAUGAACAAAUUACUGACAGGUCAGUGGCGAGAAUAGAAAGAACUUAGGGACAAAAUGAGCUUUUAUGUUUAGUCAAAACACUGAACUAAUUCCUAAUUCCCUGAACUGAUAAUACAGAUGCCCCCUAAAGCAGAGCACAACAGCAGCUACUGUACCAGUAAACAGCACAGAAAAGAGCUUGUGUACUGUACAUCCCAAUAUACCCCAACUAACAAACCCAAGUAAGCACAAGGGUAUGAAGCAAGGGAAGCACAAGGGUGGUAUAUGUAAGGCAAUCAUAACAAUAAUGUUUUAAACGUGUUACAAUAUACAGCCCACGUAAGGCACAAAGUCUUAGUAGCCAUGAUAACUGCCUUUGAUGCACAAACUAGGCUCCACCACCGACAAAUACCACUGAAACAUUUAAUGACGCUGAGAAAGCUUUACACAAAGGAAACAUGGUUGCUAAGGUGAGCACCAGCAAUUUUAUACAGAGUAGUGGCAAAAGCUUGCAUAUGGGUACAGGAAUUGGAUGUUUCCACUAUCUACUUUUGACUCAGUAAGCCUCAUUCGGUGGAAAGGCUUACUGUACAGAGUAAAAUUAUCUGAUUUGGGAGGCUGCAGACGGGAACAACACGCAAGUGUGCUGAAUAUGGUUGAUUCAUGUGUAAUGUCUGUCAGCUAGUUGCUAAAUUAGGAAAGGCUGUAAUGAUUCAAAUGAAAUGGUCUUGUUUUUGGUUCACCUUUUCAGAGAAUAUUGGUUGUUUGUGAUGUAAAUUCAAUGACUUGCUGCUUAUGUUUUCCUCCUACAUUUGUUUUCAGCUGAAUAUUUGUGUUGCAAAGCAAAACAUGUUAGUGCUGACCAAAACUAAAUGGCAAGUUAAUGUAUGUUACUAAAUGGAUUGGUAAUGUUUGCGUUUUGUCCUGACAGCUUAAAAACAGAAAAAAAAUGUUAAAAAAAAGAAGCAGUGCCUGGGUAUCUACUGUAUGAUGAUCAAAAGUAUUUGUUAAAAAAUAAAAAAACGAAGUAUGUGAAGCAUGUUCAGUUUUUUUUUAUACGAGAGCAUACUGUAUUUCUAAUAAAAAUGUUUUACA